AUGUCUUUUUUAAUAUUGGUAUAUGUACUUUUGCGAUCUCUGUUCUCUGAACCAGCUGUACGCAGCUUUUGUUUUUUGUUAGCAAGCUUAAAAGUGCCAUUUAUUAUAUAUUAUCUUGAUAUUUAUACCUUUCCAUAUUUAACGACUAAAAUAACUAUCUUGGUAUAUAUUGGAUACAGUGUAUUUAUUCUGGUUAUAUGUCGUAAAAUUGCACAAGGUAAAAAUUUACCACAAGAUAUACUUUCUAGAAACGACAUUAUGGACAACAAAAUAGUGAUUAUUACAGGUAGUAACUGUGGGAUUGGCUAUGAAACUGCAAAACAGUUAGCUAUAUGGGGAGUUUCUAAAUUAAUUAUGUGUUGUAGAGACAUGGAGAAAGCAGUAAAAGCAAAAGAUUUAAUUGUUAAGUUUUCUGGCAUAAUGGAAAGUAAAAUUGUAGUUAUUGAGUGUGAUUUAUCUGAUUUACAUAGUAUAGAUAAGGCUGCACAGGUAAUUAUGGGAGAAGUCCAAAAAGUAGAUAUAUUAAUAAAUAAUGCAGGGAUAAUGAGUUGUCCCUAUAAACUAUGUAACAAUUUGGAGUUGCAAUUUAUGACAAACUAUUUAGGGCACUUUUAUCUGACACAAAAAUUAUUACCACUCAUAUUAAGUUCUAAAGCCAGAAUUAUCAACUUAUCUAGUAUUGCUCAUUUAGCUGCUUGGAGUGGCUUUAAUAUUGAAAAAGUGCAAAAUAUCAAAUGUGAGGAUUAUUCACCUUCAUACUCUUAUAGUAUUAGUAAGAUUUGCAAUAUCUACUUUACAAGGGAAUUGCAGAAGCGAUAUGGUAAACUAGGAGUUAACGCAUUUUCCGUUCAUCCUGGGUGUGUCUUUACAUGUUUAUCACGUCAUAUUGAUGAAUACUAUUCUAUACCCUGGAGUCUAUUUAUAUAUAUAAUUAAGUUAUUCUUUAAAACAGCCAAAAGCGGAGCUCAAACUACAUUAUACUGUUGCACUACACCUCUAUAUAAUUUGGCUCCUGGAGCCUACUACUCUGAGUGCAAUGUUUCAGUUUCUAGCCCAAUAUCCCUAGAUAUGCAUGUGUCGGAAGAAUUAUGGGAUAUCAGUGAUUCACUUUGCAAGAAAAUAGUAUAA